AUGGAGUUUGAAGAGUUUUAAUUUGAAGAAAAUACUUCUGCAACAAAAUAAAAUACGAAAAACUAUUCAUUUAAUAUGAACAGUGAUAAUAUAGAUAAAUAAAAUGCCCUUUAUGUAAACUAAAUUAGAUUAGAAGAUUAAAAUAACCUUUCGUCAUCUAUUUCUAAUCCUGAAAUUACAAAUAGUGUAUAGUAUGGUACUAGUGGUUGUUAGGAAGCUGGUCUCGAUUAUUUAUAAUAGGCAUGUUUUUACUUAGAUCCUAAUAUGGGUAUGGAGUAGGAGGAUAUAGAGGAAUAAGAAAAUGAAUUGGUUUGUCGAAAAUGCUCUAAAAAUAUUCAGUACUGUUAGCAUCAGAAUUAGCAGCAGCUAUCUUCAACUACGAUAUAGCUAAACAAUAAUAGAAAUCGUCACUCUUCUUAAUGUAAAAAAAGUGAGAAUCAGAGCAAUUAAAAUUCUUCUUUAUACUUAAUUGAUUUAGAAGAACAGGGGUAAUUUAGUAACUCUUUACAAAUCGCUAAUAUUAAUAAGUAGAGAGAGAGAGAUAUUUCAUAUUAAUUAAUUGAUACUUUAAGAUUUUAGCAAUACAAUUUGUUUGAACUUUUUUGUGAUGUUCCUUUCAGCUUGGAUUACUACAUAAAAGAAGUGGAAAGUGGUUAAAUAAGAUAAAGGAAUUGUAUAUACAACACAUUCAAAAAGAUUGUUGAGGUUCGAAGUUUUCAAAAUGGAAUGAUGAUUGAAGCUACUCUGCAAUCAAAGUACACAGCUGCAAACAAAUUUAACUUUUUGGUUGAUUUUUUAGAGAGUAAAGGUAACAAUUAAUUACUCGAUUUAGCUUUCAAAAUUCAGAAUUUCUAAGAUAGAGUUAACUAGUUAACUCAAGAAGCCAGCCUAAUUAUAAAUUAAAUUAAUUCAUCAGAAUCAAAAAAGAGUUCUGCCAGCUAAAGUAAAAAAUGUUACUGCUCAAUAUAUGAUCAAACUUGCAUGUGUUAUAGUAAUAAGCAUAAUAUGUUCCCAGAAAGCGAUGAUGAAUCCAGCAGCUAUACCUCGCUAAUUCAAGAGUGCUAUAAUAAUAAUAACAACAACAUAGAUAGUAGAGAAAUAGAUCUUAAUUUUAUGAAAGAAAGAUUAAAAGCAAGCUACUAAGUAAAAGAUAAAAUAUUGUCUUCAUAAAACCCAUUAGAUUUUAUUUAUUUUAAAACUUAUGUUAUUGAUUGGCAGAAUAAUGGUAAUCUCAAAAUUGAUAGCUAUGGAUUUACCAAAGGAUACUGUGAACUUAUGGGUUUAACUAUAAAUGAAUAUAAAUAGCAUAUCUUGAGAAAAGGAUUCAUGGAAAACGUUCAUUAUGACUGCAAAGUAAAGUUUAUGUUUCCAUACUUUACAAAUUACCCUUGGUCAGUAAAGGAGGAAGGGUUGUCAAGAUCUGGAGAAAUGAUUUUUACAACACACGAUAACAUCGUUUUCACUGGGAAUACAACAGUAGAAACUCAUAAUCUCUCUUAUGAAUUCGAUAAGCAACAUAAUUUCAACACAAAACUCUGCAACACUUUGCUAUUCGUUAGAAUAGAUGUAGAAGAAGAAGAUCUUUUAAAAAUAUAUCAAAUAAGGAGAUCAAGAGGAACCAGGUCCAUUUUCGAUGACAAAGAUGAUGAAGAAUGCGACUUCUAUUACUCUCAAGAAUCUUAAUCAUUUUUAGAAAGGUAUUACAAAGAUAUUUAUGGCCCUCAAUAUGCUGAAAAAAAGUAGCUUAGAAGGUGUGAAUAUGUAGAAAUACCUUAACAUUCUAAGCAAUAAAAACUAACUAAAUACCCUUUUAAACAGACUUAAUUAACAAAUUGA